AUGGCCAAGGACCAGCUGAAGCCGCGGCUGUGCCGCAUGCUGAAGGGGGAGAGCGGCUACGGCUUCCACCUGCACGGCGAGAAGGGCAAGAGCGGGCAGUUCAUCCGCAAAGUGGAGCCCGGCUCGCCGGCCGAGGCGGCGGGGCUGCGCGCCGGGGACCGCGUCGUCGAGGUGAACGGGCUCAACGUGGAGCAGGAGACGCACCACCAGGUUGUGCAGCGCAUCAAAGCCGUGGAGACGGAGACCCGCUUGCUCGUGGUGGACAAGGAGACGGACGAGUACUUGUGCAGCCUGCGCCUGACGUGCACGGAGGAGAUGGUGCACAGCGGGAUCCUGCUGAACUCCAGCAUCUCACCUACUAAGUCGGUGGGCAGCGACAAUGGGGAGGUUUGGAAGCCGCAGCUGGAUCUGAGCGGGAGCAGCCUCCAGCGGCACUCGCACAGCUUCUCCUCGCACGGCAGCAGGAAGGAUUUAAACGGACAGAAGGAGCUGUGCCCACGUCUCUGCCAUCUGAAGAAAGGCCCCAACGGCUACGGCUUCAACCUGCACAGCGAGAAGUCCCGGCCGGGGCAGUUCAUCCGCUCGGUCGACCCCGACUCACCGGCCUCCAGAGCGGGGCUGCGGCCCCAGGACCGGCUGGUGGAGGUGAACGGCAUAAACGUGGAAGGCCUGCGGCACUCGGAGGUGGUGUCCCACAUCAAGUCCCGGGAGAGCGAAGCCAGGCUGCUGGUGGUGGACCCCGAGACAGAUGAUUACUUCAAGAAGCUGGGGGUGACCCCCACGGAGGAGCACACCAAAGGUGUGGUACCUCAGCCCCUGACAAACGGAUCCGCACAGCCUCAGCUCAAUGGAGGAUCCACAUCUUCAUCUCACAGUGACCUUCAAAGUCCUGGCAAGGAAUCAGAGGAUGGAGACGCGGAGAAGAAAGACCCGUUUGAGGAGAGCGGGCUGACCCUGAGCCCAACGGCUGCCGAGGCCAAGGAGAAGGUGCGGGCCAAGCGGGUGAAGAAGAGAGCUCCGCAGAUGGACUGGAACAAGAAGCGAGAGAUUUUCAGCAAUUUCUGAGCCUUGCUGGUGGCUGCCGUCCGCCGCUCUCCCGCCCCUGCCCCAGCUCGGACGUUUCUGAGGUGCCUACGCCCUGUCCUUCAGUGUCCAUGUGAGAUGCUUUGUGCUCUGCUCUUCACUGGUUGCUUUUACAAGGCGUAUUUUAAAGUCCUUUUUUUUUUUAUUUUUUAUUAUUAUUAUUAUUGUUACUCACCAGCGAUUCUCAUAAGACAAAUGUGACCAAAGCUCCUUUUCUUGCUUGCUCUUCAGCCUGGCUCUGGCUGCGCGCCGUCCCCCAUUCCUAUGAGAAAGGACUGGAAGAGUUUAACUCAUUUCCUACCUGCAUCAUUUAGGCUUCUAUUACUUGGGUUUUUUGUUUGUUUUUUUUUUGAGGUGUUUGUUUUGGUUUUGCGGGUGUCCCAGACUGAGCCCCAUGGGAUGCUCUGUGCCCCUUGCAAACGUCUUACGGCCUCGUGCCCCCGCCGUGGUGGGGGCCCGCGGGGUGGGGUGUACCUGGCACCCCCUCCCCAGCACCCCGUCUGCAGCGUUAACUCCUCACACGAUGGGAAAACGGCCAGUGGCUGUAAAUCGCUCUUGCUGGCUUUGCUAUUGAAAGGAAAAAGUUUGUUUUGUUGUUUUUCGUUUUUUUUUUAAUGAAGUCCCAUAUGUUUCCAGUUAGUUUAGGAACCUCCCUCCCCACCAGUGACUUCUGCCCCGGCAAUAAAAGCCCCUUUUUCAUCCCCGACAGCUCUGCAGAGGGGAGAGGGCAGGAUUUAAAAACAAAACACAAACCCAAGAGCCCAAAUGCCACAGGCCUCACCAUUUACAGCCGUCGACGCAGCGCUGAGCGGCGGGGGAAGGCAGGGAGCGGGGCCGGUCCUGCCCCGUGGUGCAAGGAACGGUGCUGCCGGCCCAGCUCCGGCAGCCUUGCGAGAAGACAAAAGCCACGAGAUGCUACAAAACUCUUUGGACAGACUUGAAAGCGAACACAACCCAGCAUCUGCUUCCAGGGAGGAAGGCGGGGAUCCGGCUCUAGCUGCGGGCUCGGCGCUGGGGCAGCAGGGCUCAGCUGUGGCUGUGCCUGGGUGCUGGAGCAGGGUCCGGGUCCCACCUGGUUUGUUACUUCUGGGCUGGUAUUUGAUGCCUCCGGCCCCUGAGCAUAGCUGAGUCUCGGUCCUGCCAUCGGGAGGGCGUCCGCUGAAGCCGUGGGCUCUCCGUGGGGCUGGCUACGAAGCAGGCAGUGGUGCGAUGGAGUGGGCAGUUGCUUUGGUUUCCUGUGGCCUCCUUUGAAAACACCCUGCUCUUGGUAUUAGAGCCUCAAAACCGUGUCUUUAAAGCAUUACAAAUUAAGCCCAUUUAAGCUCUUUAUUACUUGCCUUUGGCUGUAAAUGAGGGAAGGUGACUAAGCCAAACUACAA